UUGGGUUGUAAUCCUCUCCUCCUCCCGACCCUUCUCUCCCUUCCUCAGCAACCCUAGCCUCCGAUCCCUUUUCCCCUUCCUUCUCAAUUCCUUUACCUUCACCAUGAAUUCGAUGAACUAAGAGAGAGACCAUAACAUAUGGUAUCAGAUUUGCCACAAUACCUCCAGAAACCCAUCUUUUCCACGCGCCAACAACGACGAGCAGUGGCGAUGGAGCAGCGCGUCGACGAGCUCGCGGCGACUCUCAAGCUGAUCCAGGAUCAAAACGCCUCCAUCCAGAAGGCGGUGGCGGCGUCCACGGCCCUCUUCGAGGAGAUCAAGCCCUCGGUCCUCGACCUCGCGGAGUGGCGACCGGUGUUGGACCAGGCGGUGACGGAUCUGCGGGAGGAUUUGGGCGGAGUGCAGCGCGACCUCGACCACGUCAUCUGCAACCCGAUCCUGUCGCUGAAGCCAACCGAUCUACCGCCGCUGAUGCCGCAGCCAUCGCCACACGACGUCUUCGUCACCGCCACGACCACCUCCAGGCCCGAUGGCCGCCACGAUGACACAGCUUUCCGGGGGGCGCGACCUGGGGGAUUGACUACCCUGGUUCCACCUCCGGUCACGGGAAGAAGCGCUGGAAAUCUCGAAGCGGCGUGAAUCACGCCGUUCAGACAACGUCUCUGGUGGUCGCUCCCAUUUGCGGGGGGCAAUGCCCCUACCUCCACCACCGGGGCGUCCCCCCUCCACCUACGGAAAAAAAGAUGAUCGGAGAACAGCGCCCUAUACUAUCGCGCAGACAGCUCCAUCCACUGAUGAGCAGUUGACCACUCUCCGUGCGUACCGCCGUGCUCGAGGUCUCUGUUAUCUCUGUGGGAAAAAUGGUCUCGUGAUCACAAGUGUGCAGUAGCAGUCCAGUUGCAUGUGAUGCAGGAGCUGUUUGAUGUGCUGGGCAUACAAGGGUUCAGUUCAACAUCUGAGGACAGUGACACGGCCAGCGAGUGUCAUACCAUCUCUCGAGCAGCAAUGGAAGGAUCAGUUGGUCGCUCCUCAAACUGUCCGAUUGCAAGGGCGUAUUCAGAAUCAAAAGGUUCUCAUGUUGAUUGAUUCGAGUAGUUCUCAUAGCUUUGUCAGUGGAGCGCUAUCAGCUCGUUUGUCUAGUGUGGUAGCAGCUCGCCGGCCGUUCCCGUUCAGAGUUGCUGAUGGUGGACAGUUGCAGUGCACACAGGAGAUUCCUGCGGGGGAAUGGACAGUGCAUGGCCACACAUUUUGCUCCAGCCUCAAGGUGUUGCCGCUUGGAUGCUAUGACAUGAUUAUUGGUAUGGACUGGUUGGAGGCUCACAGUCCGAUGCAGAUUCAUUGGGGCGAUAAGUUACUUCAAUUUGUUCGCGAUGGGAAACAAAUUUCCCUUCAUGGCGUACAACCGCAGCUGCAGCAGUGCUACCAGCUAACUUCAGAGCAGCUGUCGGCCUUGUUUCAUCAGAAUGAUGUGCAGCAGAUUGUGCAACUGUGUACGGUGGACGGUGCUGAGCAGUCUGAUGCUAUUCCAGA